GUGUUCACAGUGAACGCAGGCCUGCUAUUGACCACCAAUAGUAAACUGAACUUUUCCGAGACCCAAACUUGUCAGGCAGCGCAUCUUACACGCAUGCGCAUCCCUCUAUCCAGCUCUAAAUAAGAGUUAAAACAGAAACGAGGUUGGGGAUAUCAGAGGAGUGGGAAUGACUGACACGCCACCCAGUGAUGGCCCUUCUCAGGGAGCUGAGUUUGACAUGAUGGGGGCCCUGGACUGGAAGGAUGGCAUUGCCACACUGCCAGGGAGUGACAUCAGGUUCCGCAUGACAGAGUUUGGGACUCUGGAGAUUGUCACAGACCUAGAGGUCAAAGGGCAGGAGGCAGAGCCUAAUUGUGAGACCUUGGACCCAGCACCAUCUCACAGCCCCACUCCUCCUCCAGAGGGCCAAUCACAAACUGGCUCAGCCACAGCUCCAGCCAAUCAGAAUCAACCAGGAUCAUCUCAAGCCCCUGGUCCUGUGCUUCUGUCUUUAGAGGAGGGUCCCAGUAUGGAGGGCCCCAGUGUGGAAGUUGGUCCCAGUGUUGAAGUUGGCUCCAGUGCAGACGUGGGCCCAAACGGGGAGCUGGCAAGGUGCAGGGCCUGUGGUGGAAGUGUUGCCAGAGAUGCCCUCCUUCAGGGCAAAUACUGCAGUUCCAUUUGUGCUCAGCCCUCCAGUGGCAGAUCAUCUCCUGGAGAAGCAAGAGAGAACCAAGCAGCUGAAGGUGAGAGACUGGGUAAACGUGUACGCAAAAAGAGGAAGAUCUACAUGGAUUCUGGUGAUGAAGAAGAAGACAAUCAAGAAGAACCGGAGGAAAAGGCGAAGACUACCAAAGGCAGAAGAGGUCCAAAAAUAGCCAAACUGGUGUCGGCACAACCCAAUAAGAAACGGGCCUGGAGCUGGCCUGCAUACCUGGAAGAAGAAAGAGCCAUUGCUGCUCCUGUUAAACUUUUCAAAGAGCACCAGUCGUUUCCUCAAAGCAGGAACAGCUUCAAGGUGGGAAUGAAGCUGGAGGGCCUGGACCCCUGUCAUCCAUCUCUGUUCUGUGUGCUCACUGUUGCAGAGAUCCAAGGCUAUAGGGUACGACUUCACUUUGAUGGCUACCCAGAAUGUUAUGACUUCUGGGCUAACGCCGACUCGUGGGAUAUAAAACCUGCAGGCUGGUGUGAAAAGAAUGGACAUAAGUUAUUGUUACCUAAAGGUUGUAAGGAUGGAGAGUUUAAUUGGAGUAUGUAUGUGAAGAACUGCAGAGGUCAGCUGGCCCCCAAGCACCUUUUCAAGAGCCUCAACACCUCUGUGACGCCGUCUGGGUUUAGAGCAGGAAUGAAGCUAGAGGCAGUCGACAGAAAGAACCCAUCCUUAAUCUGUGUAGCAACUAUUGCUGCUGUUGUUGACAACCGAUUGCUCAUUCAUUUUGACAACUGGGAUGACACCUAUGAUUACUGGUGUGAUGCUACGAGUCCGUACAUCCAUCCUGUUGGGUAUUGUGAAGAGGCAGAGCUAACUCUGACCACUCCAGCUGAAUAUAAGCAUCCCAAAUGUUUCUCAUGGGAAAAAUACCUGGAAGAGACAGGAACACAGGCUGCCCCUGCCCGGGCCUUCAAACCGCGACCUCUUCAUGGAUUCCAGAUUGGCAUGAAAGUGGAGGCUGUAGAUAAGAGAAACCCCAUGCUUAUCCGUGUUGCAACCAUAGCAGACACAGAGGACCACCGACUGAAGAUCCAUUUUGAUGGCUGGAAUUCAGAGUAUGAUUACUGGGUGGAGACUGACUGCCCUGAUCUGCACCCCAUGGGGUGGUGUCAGAAAACUGGACACCCUCUCCAAUACCCAAAUGGCCCCAGUGAUUUAUUGAGUGCCCCAGGACAAGGAUGUCCUACCCCAGGAUGCAACGGGGUGGGCCACAUUAGAGGACCUCGCUAUGGGACACACUACACUCAGGUGAGCUGUCCCUAUUCAGAAAUUAAUCUGAACAAAGAUGGCUUGGUACCAGACCGCCUUAGUGGAGAAAGACCUCUCACUAUCUGUGGGCCUCAUCCUCGUGGGCGACGCCCCGAUCCCCACACAAACGCUACAACACCGACCUCCUCAACUCCAGAGCAGCUCGAAGGAGCAGACGAGUCCCAGAAUAGGAAACCAGUGACAGUGGAGGCUGAGCGCUCUGGACGUAACAGCCAAGCUGAACCAGCAGGAGGCGCCAGUGAGCAAAGCCACAAUGGAACCAGACCUAAACGGACUGCUCCAGUUCCAAAAUACUUGAAAAUGCACUAUGUUAAAGAGGAGAUCGGUGACGGUAAAGCCUCUCCAGAAGCCAUCUCUCUCCAGCAGGCCCUCCAUGAGUCUGUGUUUUCACCCGGAAUCUCUGCCUCUCCCCCCCACCGGGUGGCUCUCUGCUGGGACAAACACUGCCAGCUGCUGCCUGAGGUCCUGGGGCUGACUGCCAAACGAGUGGCUACUUGGAGCGCAGAAGAGGUGGCCAGUUUUGUCAAAGGACUUCCAGGAUGUAAAGAACAUGCUACUACAUUUAAAACAGAACAAAUAGAUGGUGAGGCCUUCCUACUACUCACCACAGACAUCGUUAAGAUCCUGUCAAUCAAAUUAGGCCCCGCCCUGAAGAUCUACAACUCCAUCCUCAUGUUGAAGAAUGCUGAUGAAGAGUAAGACUUCAUCAUGAUGGAAAAUCACUCCCUCCAACCCACUCUCUCAUCUCUGGCCUCAUCUACGCUCAGCUAAAGACUCAAGACAAAAUGGGCCUGAGAGUGUUUUUUCUUUUUUCUUUUGAGCUCUGAGACAAUGCAGCUACGUGAAGUGGAAGCCAUCGACUAGAUAACGUCCACCUCUCCUUCUCUCCCUUCUCUCUCCAUGAUGGACAGCACUAGUCAGCCUGAGGGAGAGUUUUACAUGCUAACAUGAGAAAACCUUAAUGUCUUUGUUUACUCAAUCAUUAAAAAAAAAACUACAUGCACCUUUGAGGCUUCUUAACAAUGUACAGUUCAUUGGAUUUAGUGUCACUACUCUGUUGCUUUUUCUUUGAACUGUCCUGAAAUGGUGCUUGAGCUCAGAGCAGAUGGAACAAGCAUCUUAGUGAUUUGUUGCUUUUGCUUGGCGACAGAUUUUGUGUUUUUUUUUUUUGUUUUUUUUUUAAGCUGCACAAAACAAUCGUGAGGCAAUGAAAGGUUUUAAUGUGAAACCUAAUGGAGUAGAAGCAGUGUGUAGUUCAGCCUCUCACCUCUAGGUGGGGAAAGUGAGCCACUCCACAGGCCUAAAGGCAGGGGAGUUUUUGUUAAUUUGGAGUUGGCUGAAGUUUAGAUAAAAUGGGGUGGGAUGGUAAAAACUUGGUGUGCGUGAUUGUGUGUGUUCAAAAAGUGUGUUUGAGAAAAUGAGGAUGUAAUUCUCCACCAGCGCAUGUGUGUUGCUUUUGGACUAUUUUGUGACUAACAGGGCUAAGGGCUAAUUGUUAAAUCAAGGAAACUGGUGGUCGUUUAAGGUGGAACAAGACAAUGAACCAGCUCUGUUCGUCUCAUGUCAUUCUAAGUUUUUUUUUUUUGUUUGUUUUUGUUUUCUUUUCCUGAAAGGCACAUGAAAAUGAAUGUUAAAACAGCUCAUAGUUGUUUUAACUUUUCUUGCUUUGUUUGGUUCAAAUAACCUCUGUCAGCCACAAUGUAAAUAGUAUACAGCUAUAAACGGACUCUUCUUGCUCCUUAAACUGAAUUUAUUCCUGCUUGGUUAUGCAAAGGCUUGACAUGUGUCUACAGGGAGAGGCAUUGUGACAGUGAACUUAAAGUACAAGCCUCACUUCAUACAAAGAUUUUGAGGAAAGAAAAAAACUUAAAACAUUGUUCAUGUCCUUGUAAAUCAGUACAUUCAACAAGUUGGAAUGUGUACAUCAGCUACUGUUUAUAUGCAAACAGCUUUUAUUUAUGUAUUCUUAUUUAAAGGGUAACGGUACGCUGUUUUGGCUCAGAGGUAGCUGUGGCUGUUUGAUGGAAUGUGUGAAUGGGUGAAAUAAAUGAGAUGCACACU